AAACCAGCAGGGGCACCCACUCAGGCAGCAGCGCGGGCAGCUGGCUCGCGGCAGGACCCCGCAGGCACUGGCGGAGACACCCCACAGCCGCUGCAGGGCCCUGCCUGGCGGGGAGGAGAACAAAAAUGGAAAAUUAGUUAUGAGGAUAAGAAGUUCUUCAUUUAUCACCCACAGCAUGCUGUAUUUUGGGAUGUGGUUGGUGAACUUAGAGUACAGAAUUGGACAGCUGUACAUGAUCAGUAAGCAUAGCCAUGAGCAGAGUGACCGAGGGGAGGGUGUGGAAGUUGUGCAGAAUGAACCCUAUGAAGAUCCAAAUCAUGGCAAUGGUCAGCUAACAGAAAAACGGGUCUAUCUCAACAGCAAGCUACCUAGCUGGGCCAGAGCAGUUGUUCCCAAAAUAUUUUACAUUACAGAGAAGGCUUGGAAUUAUUACCCAUAUACAAUCACAGAAUACACAUGCUCAUUUUUGCCUAAAUUCUCCAUUCACAUAGAAACAAAAUAUGAGGACAACAAAGGAAGCAAUGACAAUAUUUUUGACAAUGAAGCCAAAGAUCUUGAGCGAGAAGUCUGCUUUAUCGAUAUUGCCUGUGACGAAAUCCCUGAGCGCUAUUACAAAGAAUCGGAGGAUCCUAAACAUUUCAAGUCAGAGAAGACGGGGAGAGGCCUAUUAAAAGAAGGCUGGAGGGAGACACACCAGCCGAUCAUGUGCUCCUACAAACUGGUGACUGUGAAAUUUGAAGUCUGGGGACUUCAAACUAGAGUAGAACAAUUUGUACAUAAGGUGGUCAGAGAUAUAUUAAUGAUUGGACACCGACAGGCUUUUGCAUGGGUUGAUGAGUGGUAUGAUAUGACUAUGGAUGAUGUUCGAGAAUUCGAGAAAAAUAUGCAUGAAAAAACCAACAUUAAAGUUUGCAAUCAACAUUCAUCUACUGUGGAUGAAAUAGAGAGCCAUGCAAAAUCAAGUACAUGACGAUGGAUGAAGUCCGAGAAUUUGAACGUGCAACUCAGGAAGCCACCAACGAGAAAAUUGGGACUUUCCCACCUGCAAUAUCUAUCUCUAAUAUUUCCCUGCCUUCGUCAACCCGUAGUGCUCCUU